AUGGUGCUCGAUAUUAUGACGGGUUUUGAAGCGGUUUUCGACGCGGAAAACGGCGUACCUGGCGCGGAAGGGUGUAAAAAGGUCUGCGGAGUACUGAAGGUAAUGGCGCUCAUCUGGAUAGUAUUCCUUGCCGUGGCCGGGCAUAGUCAAGCGGACACAAUCGUGCGACAAACUCGACUUGGCAUGGUCAAGGGAAUACUUAUAGAGGCGUACGGAGGACUGGUCGAAGUUUACAAAAAAAUACCCUUCGCCGAACCGCCACUCGGAAACCUGCGGUUCAAGGAGCCCGUACCGCGGUCACCCUGGGAAGGGACAUACGACACCACAAAUGGAACCAGCGUCUGCCACCAAGUGUUGCGAGCGACCUUUUUUAAAAGCGCAGAAAACUUCACCGAAGACUGCUUGCAUCUCGGCAUUUGGACGCCCUCGGAAGCGGCGAACAGCCCCGUUAUAGUCUGGAUUCACGGAGGAGGUUUCGCGCGCGGAAGCGGCUUUGGAGAGACGAGUGAUGGUCUAGUGCUCGCUGCAACCAGAGGACUAGUCUUUGUUGCUAUCAAUUAUCGCCUGGGAAUUCUGGGGUUUUUGAACGCCAACUCGCCACACGCUCCAGGAAACCAGGGACUGCUCGAUCAACAUCUGGCGUUACAGUGGGUGCAAGACAACAUCCGCUUCUUCGGAGGAGACCCUGAAUCCGUUACGAUCAUCGGCAAUAGCGCAGGAGCCAUGAGCGUUCAUGCUCACAUCUUAUCCCCCAUGAGUAGAGGUCUAUUCAAAAGAGCGGUGAUGCUGAGCGGAUCGCACAACAACAUCGACUUCAUGGAGAGCGUUCACGAAAGUACCAUUAAGGGAAACGACGUGGCUAAGUUGCUAGGGUGUUCUCAAUACGGCAGGGAUCUUGUCUCUCAUCCCGACGAGGUUAUCGAGUGUUUAAGGUCGAAGACCGCCGACGAACUCGCCCUUGCCGUAUCCGAAGUCACUGCGCCCAAAUCAUUUUCGUUUUUCCCAACGUUUCACGACCAAUUCUUACCCAGGGUUCCAGCAGUAGCCAUAGAUCGUGGUUUCUUCCAAGACAUUGACGUCCUUGUGGGUGUCACUUCGGAUGAAUGUUCGGUGUUUGUUGUCAUUCCACCGGAAUCAGUCCUCUUCAGAGAGUCAAUGGACGGUAUCGACGAAAACACCCUGGAACGUGCGUUACGGGAAAAGGUUUCGUUGUGGACACGUUUUGAUAUACAAGUUAUGACAGAAGAGUACUUGUCCAAAGUUCCUGCUGGAGACAAGCUGGCGCUGACGAAAGCUUAUUUGAACAGUGUUUCGGACAGGCUAUUUAACUGCCCGGUACAGUUCUUUGCCGAGAAGCAUGCGGCAAGAGGAAACGCGGUCUAUUCUUUCAUAUAUUCGCACAGAUCGAAGAAAGAUGGCUUCCCCUCAUGGAUGGGCGUACCUCAUCACACGAUGACUCCUUAUUUAUUCUCUCAGCCCUGGAAAGCUAAGAAAAACUUCACAGAAGAAGACAGGACGGUCAGCGACAACUUUGUGACGAUGAUUGAGUCCUUCGUCAGAAACGGAAAACCUGUGUUGCCAAACGGUCGUGCCUGGCCAAAGUUCACCAAAGAAACGCCCAUAUCGAUCAUGUUUGAGUACAACAAUUUCACCAGCGUUCGUGGCUAUCGAAACGACGAGUGUGAAAUUUGGAGAAAAGUUCUCUAA